AUGGAUAUCGAUCACGUUCCCACAGAUGCCAAGUCAAAGGAGGUUGUUCGGCUUUGGCGGGCUUGGAGGACUGUCCAUGAGAUGGUCGCGGACCGAUGUUCUCAAUCGUGCAGCUCUACUGUAUCAUAUUACUACGAAGCUAACGGUAGAAAGGAAUACGAGCUUGCUGAAGAAGAAGUCAAGAUCUCGCUCGAGCGCUUCCGCGACGAGUACUGCAACCCCGAUGGUUCCAUCAACCGCGCCAAGCUCCAAUUCUCUGCGCGUCCCAGCGACAACAUGAUCCGCAAAUUCACGCCUCCCGCGACAGCAGCGAACCCCAACCCUAGCGCCGACUGUGGUCCUAUCUGGGUCGAGUUCCUUGCUGAUAAGACCUUUGGUGUUGGCCAAAUUCGACAAUUUGCUACCUAUGUAAUCACGAACAACUACAAGACUGGUAUUAUGGUGACACACGUCCCUCUCUCGCCCGCCGCCCGCAAGUCUCUGGCUAGCGUUGAGUCACUCGCCAAGAUUGAGUGCUUCCUUGAGGACGAUUUGCUUGUCAAUAUCACCCACCACGAGCUUGUCCCCAAGCACGUCCUCCUCUCCCGUGAGGAGAAGACUGCCCUGUUGAAGCGAUACCGACUCAAGGAGACCCAGCUGCCUCGUCUUCUGCAAAAGGAUCCUGUCGCUCGUUACCUGGGUCUCAAGCGAGGACAGGUCGUCAAGAUCAUUCGAAACAGUGAAACGGCCGGUCGUUAUGCCAGUUAUAGAUUGUGUGUAUAG